GCCGAGCAUGGCUGAGUCAACUUUUGAGCAAAUCCUUUCCACUGCAUUCGAUUAUAAAACUGAAAAGUAUGUAAUUGUGAAAAAACAUAAAGUUGGAGUAUUAUACAGAGUUAUUCAGCUGUGUAUCAUCGGAUACCUAAUCGGGUGGGUUUUUGUCAUAAAUAAGGGCUAUCAAGCAACAGAGGACUCCAUACAGAGCUCUGUAAUCACCAAAGUGAAGGGAGUUGUACUAAUCAAUUCCAGCGACACAGGAGUCAGUUUGUGGGGACCAGAGGACUAUGUAAUUCCACCGAAUGGUGAUGCAAAUUUUUUCAUCACAACCAAUGUCACACAAAUACCCAAUCAGACAUUAGGCAUCUGUGCAGAGAGCGAUAGGAUUCCGGAUGGCCGCUGUAGUGACCAUGAUGACUGCCCACGCGGAGAGUCAGUUAGAGCUGGUCAUGGAAUAAAGACUGGUCAGUGCUUGAAUAAGGACAGAAAUGGGACAUGUGAAAUACAUGGCUGGUGUCCAGGUGAAGAGAGUCAGAAAUCCCAUGUGCUAGGAAAAGUUGAAAACUUUACCAUCUUUAUCAAGAACUUCAUCAGAUUUCCAAGAUUCAGCUUCUCAAAAUCAAACAUCCCUGAGACACAGGACAGGAGUUAUUUACAGAAGUGCAACUACGAUGAAUCGGUUCAUCCUUACUGUCCCAUCUUCCGUCUGGGGGAUAUUAUUAACAAAACUGGACACAGGUUUCAGGACAUGGCUCAAGCAGGUGCGGCGAUUGGGAUCCUGAUCAACUGGAACUGCAAUCUGGACAUCGACUCGUCCCAGUGCCAUCCCAAAUACAGCUUCAUCCGUCUGGACGUGAACACCACCGUCAACUCUAUCACUACCUUCAAUUUCAGAUAUGCCCGCUAUUACAAAAAUGCUACUGGACAUGACUACCGGACUUUAUUUAAGGUGUAUGGAAUUCGUUUCAACGUAAUGGUUCAUGGAAAGGCAGGGAAGUUCAGUAUCAUCAACACCAUAGUUAACAUUGGAUCAGGACUUGCUCUACUGGGUGCUGGGAGUUUCCUCUGUAACAUGUUAUUGCUUUACUAUAUGAGAAAUAGAGACGAAGACAGAAACAAAAUGUAUGACUCCAUAAAGGCUGGCUCCUCCAGGAAUGAUACCAGUACACGAGACAAAGCUCAAGAGGAAGAAUCACGUGAACAGCAACAACUCACCAGUCUGAAGCUACAGGCAGACUUCUCAAAGGACGCGGAGGCUUCAGCCUGACUAACAGGAAUCAAUGCAACAUGGCUGCUUUACGCUUCUCAAAGACUUUGUAUUGCAGCUGCAAUGUGAUAGUGUCAAUAAUCUGUAUGUGAAGACAAUCAACAAUUAGGGAAGGGCCAAGGAAGAUUUAGUGUGACAAGUAAAAUCAGUAUUGUGUGAUUUAGUGUGACAAGUGAAAUCAGUAUUGUCUAGAGACUUGCUCAGGUUUAUGCUGUUGGUAUUUUACUGGCAACCGCAAAAUAGGCGGAUGUUAUGCUGAUGUUUUUUUGUUUGUUUUUCACAUUCUUAUUU